CCCUUUGGCUCUCCUCCACGACUUUCCCGGUUUGGAAGUCUCUAAACUGGAGGCGUAUAGGGGCUGCUGCUGAGGGGCUUCUGAUUACAGCUCCGCCUCGGGCGUCUCCCUUCCUCUCGACUGCGAGGGACCCUGCUCAGCUUCUAGGUCUCUGAGGAGUUUGAUUUAGGAGACACCUUCACUGGGACAUGUCUCCCAGGGCUCUUAAGAAGAAGAGCGGGGAGAUGACUGCAUGGACGCGGGUUGUGCUAAUGCUGCCCUUGGCUCUACUUCUGCCUGCCGUGCCCGGGGGUUGCCUGAGCCCGCAGGAACUCUUUCCUUUCGGACCUGAGCAGGGGGACCAAGAGCUGGAAUCUGGGGACGACUCCAUCUCCCCAGCCCUGGAGCUCCGCCUGAGGAUCCACUUCUAUGACAAAGACGACGUCUCUUCCAUCUAUGUCACUACAAAUGGCAUCAUUGCCAUGAGUGAACCUCCUCUUAAGGAAGUCACUCCUGGUCGAUUCCCACCUUCCUUUGGAGCUGUUGCACCGUUCCUGGCUGACCUGGACACAACAAAUGGUGGAAAGGUUUAUUAUCGGGAAGAUUCUUCCCCUGCUGUUGUCCAGCUGGCUUCAGAUUGUGUCCGAAGAGGUUUCCCUAAGGUCUCUUUCCAACCCAAAAGUGUGGUGGUGGUCACCUGGGAAUCCGUGGCUCCUUACCAAGGAUCAGAAAGAGAUCCAAUCCAAGAAGGCAAGCGAAACACAUUCCAAGCUGUCCUAGCUUCCUCCGACUCCAGUUCAUAUGCCAUUUUCCUUUAUCCAGAAGAUGGUUUGCAAUUCUAUACCACAUACUCCAAGAAGGAUGAAAACCAAAUUGCUGCCGUGGUUGCAUUUAGUCAAGGUUUAACGGGUUUCUUAUGGAAAAGUGAUGGUGCCUACAACAUAUUUGCUAAUGACAGAGAGUCCAUUGAAAAUCUGGUCAAGAGUAGUAAUGCAGGACGUCAAGGAGUCUGGGUUUUUGAGAUUGGGAGCCCUUCCACUUCCAGUGGUGUAGUGCCAGCUGAUAGCAGCCUUGGACCUGAUGGUGCAGAAUAUGAAGAUGAGGAGGAUGAAGACUAUGACCUGAUGAGCGUGUCUGAGAGGUCUCUGGGCUUCGAGGAUGUGGGCACCACAAUUGACCCAUAUGACAUCCCCAGGAGGGGAGAUGAAAAUACAUAUGAUGUGUUAAAUCCCAUCUCACCACGUCAUGCCAGUACAGAGAGACCACCUCUAGAAGAAUCCAUUGUGGAGGGUCAGUACCCGGAUCCUUCCACUAGGGGAACCAAGUCAUUCCUGUACCCAGCUGAGAGAUUUCCCCAACAGGUCAUACAUGUGGACGAAGUAGAGGAAACAGGGAUUGUUUUCAGGUACAACACUGAUUCUCGACAGACUUGUGCCAAUAACAGAUACCAGUGCUCCAUUCAUGCAGAAUGCCGAGACUACACAACAGGUUUUUGUUGCCAUUGUGUUGCUGGAUACACUGGAAAUGGUAGACAGUGCGUUGCAGAAGGUUCUCCCCAACGAGUAAAUGGCAAAGUUCGAGGAAGGAUCUUUGUAGGGAAUAGUCAAACUCCAAUUGUCUUUGAGAAUACUGACCUCCAUUCUUAUGUUGUGAUGAACCAUGGAAGAUCCUACACAGCAAUCAGCACCAUUCCCGAAUCCCUGGGCUAUUCUCUAGUACCUUUGGCUCCUGUGGGAGGCAUCAUUGGAUGGAUGUUUGCUGUGGAGCAGGAAGGAUUCAAGAAUGGAUUCAGCAUCACUGGGGGAGAAUUCACCCGUCAAGCUGAAGUGACUUUUGUUGGGCACCCAGACAAGAUGGUUAUAAAACAAAAAUUCAAUGGCAUUGAUGAGCAUGGUCACUUGACCAUUACUACAGAAAUGGAUGGACGAGUCCCUGAGAUCCCAUUUGGCUCCACUGUCCAGAUAGAACCAUACACUGAACUCUACCAUUAUGCCAACUCUGUUAUCACAUCCUCUUCCACCCGGGAGUAUAAAGUGAGUGAACCUGCUCAAGGUGGAAUCUCUUCUUCACGGACUUAUACUUAUCAAUGGAGACAGACCAUUACUUUCCAGGAAUGCACUCAUGAAGAUCCCCCACAAACUCUUCCUCCCACCCAGCAACUUUUUGUGGAUAGUGUAUUUGUCCUGUACAAUAAGGAUGAGAAGAUCUUGAGAUAUGCUUUGAGCAAUUCAAUUGGUCCUAUUGGAGAUGGCUCCCCUGACUCCCUUCAGAAUCCUUGCUACACGGGUACCCAUGGUUGUGACACAAAUGCAGCAUGCCGCCCAGGUCCAGGAAAUCAAUUCAUUUGUGAAUGCUCCAUUGGCUUCCGAGGAGAUGGACAGAUUUGCUAUGAUAUUGAUGAAUGCUCAGAACAGCCAACAGCCUGUGGAAGCAAUGCUGUCUGCAAUAAUCACCCAGGAACCUUCCGCUGCGAAUGUAUUGAGGGCUAUCAAUUUUCUGAUGAGGGCCUGUGUGUGGCUAUUAUCGAUGAUCGCCCUAUCAACUACUGUGCUACCGGCCUCCACAACUGUGACAUCCCCCAGCGGGCACAGUGUGUGUACACUGGAGGUUCCUCCUACCACUGUUCCUGUUUGCCUGGCUUCUUAGGAGAUGGGCAUGCCUGCCAAGAUGUAGAUGAAUGCCAACAAAAUCGUUGUCAUCCAGAUGCUUUCUGUUACAACUCCCCAGGCUCCUUUGCUUGCCAGUGCAAACCUGGAUAUGAGGGCAAUGGUUUUCAAUGUGUGCCAGGAGAAAUGGAGAAAACCAGGUGCCAGCGUCAAAGAGAACAUAUUCUAGGAACCGUGGGUGCCACUGACCCAAGACGGCCCAGACCUGUGGGGCAGUUUGUUCCUGAAUGUGAUGAGCAUGGACAUUAUGUACCAAUGCAGUGUCAUCACAGCAGUGGAUACUGUUGGUGUGUGGAUCGAGAUGGCAAUGAGAUUGAUGGCACCAGGACUGGCCCUGGAAUGAGACCCCCGUGUUUGAGCACAGUUGCUCCUCCAGUCCACCCUGGACCUUCAGUUCCUCCAGCUGUAAUCCCUCUCCCCCCUGGGACACACUUACUCUUUGCCCAGACAGGGAAAAUAGAGCGUCUCCCACUAGAAGGAAAUAAUAUGAAGAAAACUGAGGCCAAAGCUUUACUUCAUGCUCCCGAUAAAGUUAUUAUCGGACUUGCCUUUGACUGUGUGGAUAAGGUGGUUUACUGGACAGACAUCAGUGAACCUGCCAUUGGGAGAGCCAGCCUUUAUGGUGGGGAGCCAACAACUAUCAUUAAGCAAGAUCUUGGAAGUCCAGAAGGACUUGCACUUGAUCAUCUAGGUCGCAACAUUUUCUGGACUGAUUCUCAUCUGGAUCGAAUAGAAGUAGCAAAGCUUGAUGGCAGCCAACGCCGAGUGCUCUUUGAGACAGAUCUGGUGAACCCCAGAGGAAUCAUAACAGAUUCUAUUAGAGGAAACCUUUACUGGACAGAUUGGAACAGAGAAAGUCCUAAAAUUGAAACUUCCUACAUGGAUGGCACCAACCGAAGGAUCCUUGUGAAAGAUGACCUGGGAUUGCCCAAUGGAUUGACUUUUGACACUUACAGUUCACAGCUCUGCUGGGUAGAUGCAGGCACCAAUCGAGUGGAAUGCAUGAACCCCAGUCAGCCUGGCCAGCGCAAGAUACUUGAAGGGCCCCAGUAUCCUUUUGCAGUUACAAGCUAUGGGAAGAAUUUGUACUACACAGAUUGGAAGACGAAUUCUGUAGUGUCAGUGGAUCUCGCCAUCUCCAAAGAAACGGACAGUUUCCAUCCCCACAAACAGACCCGUCUGUAUGGCAUAACAACAGCUUUUUCUCAGUGUCCCCAAGGUCACAACUACUGCACAGUGAAUAAUGGAGGCUGCACUCAUCUCUGCUUGGCUACCCCAGGAAGCAGGUCCUGUAGAUGCCCUGAUAACACCUUGGGGGUCGACUGCAUAGAGAGGAAGUAAUACACUGGAAACAAGAAAAGAAAGGAAUGCCACUUACAUUCACUACAUUUUCAAUUACAACACCCUACCUUGAAAUGGGCCAGACUGAAACCAAUCUUUCAGAGCUAAGUCAUUGACCCAGUGACCAACACAACUAGGGGACUUCUAGUGUUCCCCUUGCCAUUUAAACAAAUACAUCCCGUGCUCUCUGUAAUAGGAAAGUCUCAAUCCUUAUACUAAAACUUUAAACUCCUUUGGUUUGGAGGCUCCUGGAGAAGUGGGAUGAAGCCCUAUAACUAUGUUGUCUGCCUUCUUGAGUUCGUCUCAGUCCCUUGAUACACAACCAGCCCGAGCCAAUUUAGGAAGAAUCAGGAGGUUUAUCUGUGAUGGCUUCCUACCUCCCUUCCAGGUGCUCUCUUUCCCAGGUCACUGUCUGCCCUCUCUAGUAUACCUCUUCCGACAGAUUUGGUUCUUUAAGCCCCCUACUAUAAUGUCUUAUCCAGGUCCUUUGGGUCUACUCUUUUCCCCAGACAAAUAAAACUUUGCCUAUGCUCCUUCCUAUUUCCUUGGGAAUUCUCCUGUUAGGGAAUUUAUGUCACUUGUCCCCAGUAAGAUAUUAGCAUUUUAAAAGUGAUACGAAGUAGACCAGGUCUUAACUCAAAUGAAUCCAUCUAAAAGUAGAUAUUUUAACCCAACAAGAGCGAUAUUUAGGAGUAGGAAGAUUCUUUAGCAUCCCUCAAGUCAUAUCAACAACUACUUAUUCUAAGGCAUCUAACCACAUGUAGGACUACAAGUAAUAAUCCAAUAUUCCAAGACCAUAGAAUGUAAGAGCUGGAAGGAGUUAUCUUGGGUCCAAAUAUCUCUUUUUACAAAUGGGGAAACUGAGUUCCAGAGAGACUCCAUAGAUAACCAUUUAUUCCUUGUCUCAACACUUCACACAAGUGCUCUGACACCAACACCAGGAACUGAAUGCCUUGGAGAUCAUCUUCUCCUCCCAUACCUGGUCCUCCAUUUUAGCAGACUAACUUUCAUCAUGGUUAAAACUCCCUUCAGAUCCUCUCUUCCUAAUUUGAUUCCUAUGAUUUCAAGGGCCUUAUCCAGUGUCCUCACUCAUUAUGUGGAUUGGUCCUUACUGGCUUUCCAUAUUCUCAUUCUUUUUUUUUUUGGAUCAUUUUCCAUCUUUAUGGAUUUCUUUUUAUUAGAGCAGAAGGUAACCACAUGAAAGUCAUCUUUAUUGAACACAAUAUCCUUUUAAAACUUUCUCAGAAGGGAGGACUACAAACACAUAACAAGCUACCACAUUUAUAGUGGGUCUCCUGUACCAUGUUCUCAUUCUUAAAGGGUGAGUUCUAUCUUCUUAUUUUAGGAGAAAAACUGUAACACUGAUGAUGCCUCAGAAAGAGGCAGAUGACUAUGAGAAGGAGUGGGAGAAGAUAUGAAUGGUGUCUGUUUUAGUCUAUGGUGCUAGGUACCUCUCAGUGGUUUGGACAUCCCAGAUGGCAUCCCAGGAAAUGUAUGGCCAUAACAUUUUAACUCAUCAUUUAUUUGGUAUCUACUAUAUGCAUAUCUCUGUUAGCAUUGUGUUGCACAGAGAUAGAAGGUACUUCAUAAUUAAAUUUAAUUCCUUUUAAAGAACCUAAUUUUUAAUCAUUGAUGGAGUCUUAUUAAAAGGUCCCAAAUUGCCCAGCAUAUAGUUGGUGCUUAAUAAAUGUAGAUUUAUUGAUUGCCUCAUUUAUUUUUUCUAGGUAUUUUCUGUGAUUGAUUAAAAGAUGCUCUUUUGAGUCAUCUGAGUAGCUAGCAUCAAAGGGCAAUAGCUAAUACUGUUGUAAAAAUAUGGGUCCAAAGCUAAGUUUUGAAGGUGCAGGGUUUUGAUGGCACAAAGACUAGAGAUUUUAAAACUGAAAAGGAAAGAUAGUGAUUGAUUAAAUGGCUAGAAAAAAAUCGGAGACAAAAAGAAUGGGAGUUAAUAGUAUCAACAAAGAAAAUUCUGUAAGUUCUGAGGUAAAGGGAUCCAUGUGCCAAAGAAUAUUUAUACAUACACAUGCAUGUGCACACACACAUAUAUUAAUACCUCACCUGGCAAUGGAAUGGAAGAUAAUAAGUUAAGUGCCAAAUGAAUUGGAUGCUAAGUUCUCUAUGAGUCCAAAGAAGACAAUGAACUAGUUUGUUCAGGAAAGACUUCAUGGAUGAGGUAGAACUUUCUGUGGGACUUGGAGGAUAGCUAAAACUUGAAUAGUGAGGAAAGGCAUAGAGUUGAAAAUUCAUAGAGUUGGGGAUCAGUACAAUGUAUUUGAAAGAUACUCAGUGGAUUAGUGUGGAUAAAACAGAGUUUGUAUAAGAAAAGGAUUAAUUUGUAUACAAGUUUGUAUAAGAAAGUAACCUGAAAAAGAUAGCUUGGUAUCAGGUUAGAGAACCUCAAAAGUCAAGAAAGUUACUUGUACUUUAUCCUGUAGGUAAAGAAGAGCCUUCAAAUUGUUGGGGGGGGGUUCUCUUCCUCUGAAAAAGGUAGUGAAGUAAUAAGUUAAUGGUAUUUAAAGAAGAUUAAUAAAUUAAUUAAUCCUACACACUAGAGCAAUGAUGGACUUGCAGAGGGAGGGGAAUAAGUGUAAGAAAGAUGAUUGCAGUAUCCCAAGCAUGAUGCUAAGGGCUCAGACCAAGGGAAUAUUAUUUGUCAGCCUUUUAAGAGAAAGGAUUCUUGAUUAGAUGUAGAUUGGACUAGAUGACCUCUGAAGUCUCUAAGAAUACUAAGAGCUAUUUUUCAGGCUUUAUUUUAAUAACUGUAUUAGCUACUAAAGGCCCUGGGGCCAUUUGUCUGUUUUUCGCAUAGAGGACUCCUGAACACAAAAAACAAAACGAACAAAUCAAAAAAAAAUUUAAGACUCCAAGCAAUUAAGCUGUAAUGGCAGAAUAACAAAUGUUUUUUUCUGCUAUUGGAGGUCUUCAAGCAAAGAUAGGAUGACCAUUUUUUUGAGGAUGAAAUAAAUGAGAUUCAUGCCCAGUAAAGGUUAUACUAAAUAAACUUUGAGAUCUGCUCCAAUCCUGCAAUUCUAUAAUUCUUUGAUUUUUCUCUCCAAAGAAUGGCCUUCCUGCACCAUCUCCCCUCUAUGCUUACUCCAAUUCCCAGCUCUUUUCCCCUGUCUCUUUCCUAACUUCUAUAGAAGAAGAAACUUGGGAACCAGGUGAGGUGAGAACCUUUCCUUAAAUAUCAUAAAUACGGUUGUAUUUUGUGUUGCAAGCAAUACAUCUCCAAGAAGCACAAGUCUGGGGAACCUUUUGGUCCCUCUGGGAGUGUUGGGGUUGAUUUGAGGCCUAUCCUACAGAUGAGAUUUUUUUCGAUUUAUACUUAUCAGAACAUAUCCAACUCUAUAUAAAGUGUUCUUCAUGAUUUUAUGUAACUUUUAUAACUUCAUUUUAUUCACAUUUUAUCAGACACAUUUUUCAAAAAGAAUUUAAAAGCUAUCAAUUCUAAAAAAUGUGCAGAAUAUUGAAGGUGCUUAAUAACAGUGUUCCCCCAGAGUUAUGCAAUUAUCAGGUGAUUCCCUAAAGUUUACAUUUGUACCAGUAGUAGUGCAGAAAAUAAUAAAGUGGUUUUUUUAAUAAAAAUUAAAAAUCUU